AUGACGAAAGCCGUCGAACGAGUUCUCGUGGAAUUCAAAGAAAGAUUCGGGAAAUAUCCUAAGACGGCACAGUUUGACGACGGGAAAGAAUUCUAUAAUGUGGGAGUCAAGACGUUAUUAAAAGAUCACGACGUUCAUUAUUUUUCGACGCUGUCCACUAAAAAAGCUGCGAUCGUCGAAAGAUUCAAUAGAACGUUAAAGACGAGAAUGUGGAAAUAUUUUACGGAAAACAAGACGACCGUGUGUGUAGAUAUCUUACCCGAUCUCGUGAAAUCUUACAAUCAUUCCACGCAUCGAACGAUCGGUAUGAAACCUGCAGAUGUGAACGAAGAAAAUAAAGACGAAGUCUGGACGAGAAUUUACGGAUAUCCAUUGAGUCAUUUCCCAAAACCAAAAUUCAGGAUCGGAGAUCACGUCCGAACGGCAAUAGAACACAAGACUUUUGAAAAAGGAUACACUCCGAAUUUCAUCGACGACGCUUACGUCGUGACGGAGGUGUAUCGAGGAGAUCCUAAUAUGUAUGGUCUUAGAGAUCCCGAGGAUGGCGAAGAUAUUUUAGGACGAUUUUACGAACAGGAAUUAUCUUUGGAUCGAAGUAAAAAACAAUAAAUGGAAGACAUGGAAAUGAACGACUUCGAUCAACACGACGACUACGACUGGGACGACUACGACGAAACAAAUGUCGACGACGAUCUAUACGAAACCGGUCUGGAGGAUCUGGAUAAACAGGACGAUGAAUUAUGGUUACGAGAUUUCCGGAAUGAGAAUAGCGACGAUAGAUUUAAAGGAAGAAAAAGAGAAACUAAUUACUUGUACACGACCGGAUCGUCCGUCGACUUGAAAGCAGAAUAUAUGAAAAAACUUUUCGCGAAUGAUUAUAGAUUAAAUCCGAACGACGGAUUAAACUCUAGAAAUUUAUUUUCCCGACUGGAUGUCAGCGGAUACUGGUUAACGUUUGACGACGUAAAAGUUGCAUUCAUCGAUAAAAAUGGAGAAUACUAUCUAUCGAAAAAUACGUCUAUUGCACAAAGUCAAAAAGAGUUUAGGAUUGCGUUCGAAAAGGCGACGGAAGAACAUCGAAAGAAUAUCGUAAGUAUCGUGGAAGAAGAAGCUGGAGGAGGUGAUGAUGCGUCGAGUGAAAUGAUCGACGCUAUUUCCGAUGAUGUUCGCGAUGAAAUUCAUCAUGAAAAUAUUGACGAUGAUGUAGAAUUUAAAGAUCGGGUUUUAGACUUACACAACAAAGGAAAACUAACCGAACAGGAAGCAAGGGAACUCGUUGGAAUAACGGUGACGAAAGGAACGCCGUCGGAAAAAAUAAAAUAUUUAAAAAUAGAACGCGAACGACUCAAAAAAGAAUUGGAGACGGAAACCGAUCCGGAACGUAGAGAAAUCUUACGCGAUGGAUUGGAAAUUAUUCAACAGAAUAUCGACGAUGCUAACUUAGAAAUGCGACUUCGUCCCGAAUCCGAAGAGGGAAAACAUCGAGUUCAGGAAAAAGUUCGCGACGAUGUACGAACGAAAUUUGAAAAAUUUUAA